AUGCUUGGAAAUCUAGAUUUCGACCCGGAAUACGUCCCCGGCGUCAAGCUCGGCCUGCACAUCUUCCAGUUCAUCCUGUCCUUCGCCAUCUGGGCAUUGGAAAUCGCCGUCUUUAGAGCUGACAAUGCCAAAAUCGUCGGCAACAAUGGGUGGACUUUCGGAGUGUGCUUUCUUUCGCUACCGGCGUGGAUUUACCUGAUUAUGGCGCCGCGGUGGCCGAGGACGAGAAAGUUGGCCAACCCCUACGCCAUGGCCAUCGUAGACGCCUGCUUCACCAUCAUCUGGCUCUCUGCUUUCGCAAGUCAGGCGGCCUACAACACGGCGAACGAUUGCGGUGACGGCUGCAAACUCAGCAAGGCCAUUGUCGGCUUGGGCGUUUUCGUAUGCCUUCUCUUCGGCGCCAGCACUUUUGUCAGUCUGUACACCCUCAAGUACUAUCAGUUCCACGGCAAGCUCCCUGGCUACGACAAGGAGAAGCUCAGCGGCGACAACAUCGACCCCGACAAGGCCGCCUUCUCCAUGGCGCCCCACGACGAGGAGGCCUAUGCCCCCGUCCAGAUGGACGACCACGACGACAACACUACACUCUACGGCGGCAACGCCACCGGCAACCACGGGUACGCCAACGACAGCUAUAACAGCCGCUACGGUGCCGGCAGCUCUGCCUACGGCGCCGAGGACGAUGACCCGAACCGCUACGGAUCCCUCCCCUCUCGCCAGAACGGCGCCAUGUUCGACAGCGAGACCGAGUACCACUCUCAAACCCAUCCCCAGAGGCCCACGUCCACCAGCCCCGCGGCGGCAGUACAACCGUACACCACCCCCGAGCCGUACGGCGCAGCGCCCGCCUAUGAUGACGACCGGCCUGCGCAGUUCCCUUCCGCGCCCUACGAUCGCACGAUGCACUAA